GCGUGAAACGUUAACAAUUCGACCCCCUCACAAACAACAACGAUAACCAUGUCUACUCACUUUGCGGGCGACAUCAGGGUCAUCAGCAAGGGGCGAUAGACGUGAUGGACUACUUGAAAAACAAACCAGAUGUCCAAUUGGUAGGGGUUUUAGUGCCUUGCCAAUUUACACCUCGGCAGAGCCAUUUGCACAAUCCUGUCUUGGAUGACGCGUUGUGUUUCUUUAUAUGUGAGCCGCCGCUAGGGUUUUCAACAGAUGAGAGGAAAACACACAGAGACGAAGUAGAUUGGUUUUAUGAUGCCCCAGCUGGGUUUUUGAGAGAGAACAUAGCUUGUUGGCGCAUCACCGAAUCAUUUGGUCUUUUUUGAGGUGUCGAAGUGGGUCCGUGAAGGAGUAUACAGAUGGGAGUGGUUAUCGGGAGUGGGCACGGUUCUUCAACACGCAUUUUCAUGAUGCUAAUGCAACACUCACCGGAGGAAGGAACUCUGUUAUG